CUCAGUGAUGCGUUGCUGGGGAGAUUUGACACGAUUAAAGGUUAAAGUUCCACUGCGAGUCAUCAAUGCAGAGAAAUCAGAAUUCAAUGAGGACCAGGCCACAUGCUGUCAGAUAGCCAUCAGGAGGAGGGGUACUGGUGAGGAGGAGGACCAGGACUGGUUGAUUCUUUGCUCCAAUCAGUAUCUGACUGGCUAUUACUGGGCUCUGUUUGAUGGCCACGGUGGCCCAGAUGCAGCAAUAAUUGCCUCCAACUACUUGCAUUACUGCAUCAAGCAGAAGCUGGAGGAGGUGGUGGAAGCCAUCACUGAAGCCCAGCCCCCCAUGCACCUAAGCGGCUGCUGCAUUUGCCCCAGCGACCCCCAGUUCGUGGAGGAAAAGCAAAUCCGGCAGGAAGAUGUGGUCACUGCAGCGCUGGAGAGCGCCUUCCAGGAAUGUGACGAAGCGAUUGGUCAGGAGAUGAAGGCGACGAGUCAGUCAGGAGGCUGCACUGCGCUGGCUGCCCUCUACCUACAGGGAAAGCUCUACGUGGCCAAUGCUGGGGACAGCCGGGCAAUCCUUGUUCAGAGACAGAGCAUACUGCCCCUGAGCAGAGAGUUCACGCCCGAGACAGAGAGGCAGAGAAUCCAGCAGCUGGCCUUUCUCUACCCCAAGCUCCUGGCAGACGAGUUCACCCGGUUUGAGUUUCCGAGGAGACUGAAAGGCGAUGACGUAGGCCAGAAGGUCCUGUACCGGGAUUACUCCAUGACUGGCUGGGGAUACAAGACAGUGGAGAAAGCUGACCUCAAGUAUCCUCUUAUCCACGGCCAUGGGAAGCAGACGCGCUUGCUGGGGACCCUGGCUGUUUCACGAGGGCUGGGGGAUCAUCAGCUGAAAGUUAUUGACACGGAUGUUCAAGUCAAACCAUUCCUCUCCUGCAUCCCACAGGUGAAAGUGUUUGACUUUGCUGUGCAUAACAUUAAAGAAGAUGAUGUCGUUAUCAUGGCAACUGAUGGCCUUUGGGACACACUGUCCAAUGAAGAGUUGGCCCAGAUGGUCAGAAGCUUUCUUGACGAAAACAGAACCGACCCAUACAGGUUUUCAGAACUGGCCAGGUGCCUGGUGCACACAGCAAGAGGGACGAAGAAUGGCCAUCAGUGGACUUUGGAUGGCAGCAGCCCAGCAUCCUACGAUGAUAUCUCUGUGUUUGUGAUCCCUCUGCACAACAGGGACAAGGAUGGUUAGCAUCAUGCAGGAGUGCUGAGACUCGGGCAGGAGAGCACUAAAGGAGAGAGGUGUACUGCAAAGAUCACUGUCGGGUGCAUGAUUUCCUUUGCUGUAUAACCAGGCACUAGGGCAAGACAGCUACUGGAAUAGCGCCAACUUGAGGGGGAAAGAACUUUCCUGUUGCUUUAGCUGCCUACAAAACAAAGCUGACAGUGGCCCACUCUGCCGUUUCUGGUACUAUCCUUCUGUGCUACAUCCACUCAUUCCCUUCAACACUCAUGAGAACAGAGGAGGGCUGCAGGGUACUAUUGAUGUCCAAGAAGAAAAUGAAUUGUCUUUCUCGGAGGUGAACUCAAGGCAUGACAACUACACUAAAGCAGGGCCAGGCUAAAAUGGGGACUGGCUCACUGAGACACCAAUGAACAGAGUGAUAAUUACUACCACCUCUGAAAGAAGUUAGGCACAGUUAAAACUCCCCAUUAAGAUGAAUCAUUAAACAGCUUGGAAGGAGAAACCACCACCUUAGUGUUUCAGCAACUUCCUGACUAAGUGCACUUAACCCUUUCAAGAGAAGCUGACCACUUAUUGGAGUUUAUUUUGUUCUUUAAUUCACACGGAUGCCUUCUUUUAAGCAGUUCUCAAAGCCUGUCUAUACUUGAAAUGCUGCAAUUGCACUUCAGUGUGGACUUUACCUAGGCCAAUGAGAAGGCAGGGAGCUAAAAGAUUUUAUUUCUGGAAAACUGAGGCUCAAGAGACUGCUGGACUUGGUACAGGUUCAGAUACAAUAUAAGCUAUCCAGGAACACAAGCAAUCAGGUAGAGAAGGGGUCUUGGCUCACACAUCAGCAGUUACUGGCAUUUGAGAUUUCUACCUCAGCAGAAAGUACUGCAGUUCUAGGUGUGGGAAUCAUGGAUACUGGUGACAUCCAAGUGCUGAAGCAGCUGCUCCAGGCUCCUCCAUGUCAGAGUGCUCCUACCACCAGUGCCAUUUUAGAUAGAAGAUUCUGUUUGGUGAAGGAGCCCUAAUCCAAUACAACGAAAAACUUCAGAGGAACAAAAAGCUUCUUGAAUAAAGACAGAUUUUUGCAGUUAAGAUAAUGUGAAUGGCAUAUUUGCAAUGCAAUGUAAAUAAUUGUUAUAAUAAAAUAUCUUUUAUGGAAGUCCAUAACACUUGCUUAAAACAAAAGAGCUUUGUUCAUAUAACCCAGGCCUUUAUAACCUCAGGGCCCUGAGCUCUCAUCAGAUGCAAGUAGCUAAGCUGGUUGAGUCAGUACACAGAUGGAAACCUCCAAGGAUGACUCAGAAUGCUUGAAAUAGAGGACAUAUCUACUACUGGGUGGACCGAAGUUGCAGAGAUUGAUCUAGUGGGGGUCGAUUUAGCAGGUCUAGAGAUGACCUUUUAAAAUGACUGCUGAUCACUUGAAUAUCGAUUCUGGUACUCCACCAGCAUGAGAAGGGGAGUCAAUGGAAGUGUUUCUCCCAACAACCCAGCGUGGUUUGGACCCUACGGUAAGUAAAUCUAAUCCAUGUUCACUUUACACUACUCAUCUAAAAUUGCAUAGCUUAGAUCAGCUUUCCCCUGUAGUCCUACUGUGAGGUGGUGAUGUUGUUUUGUCACAGAAUUGGUGAGAAGAAUGACUGGAUGGUGGGAGGAAAGACGGCUGCUGGAAGUACCAUCUUUCAGAGGUGGUAGUACUUUGAUAAUUGUUUUUUUACGUUCCACAGCUAGAAUUCAGCUCAGAUUUGAGCAACUAUGUGUCUUGCUGAAUUACCUCUGCAGUUUUGGGAUUGUCUAGCCUUAGAAUAGGUGAACUCUUAAAUAGAUACUGCGUUCCACAACUGCAACUGCCAGAUUUCAGUGACAAAGUUUAUAUACCUUGUUUGUAAAGUGCUUUAAGCUCCAUGAGGACAAGAGGAGCUAACUGAAAAAAAUCAUUUCUGAAUAAAUUCAUUCCACAUAAGAAACCUGUUGACCUGCUGAGGUCCCUUCCAAUUAUAGUACUCUAAGUAAUGCAUUAAGUCCAGUCCCCUGCCCUCAUGGUAGGACCAAGCACCAUUAAGAGUUAGAUAAUCUCUCCUUUUCAUAUCCUUAACCAUCUUUGCAGCUGUAGAACAGGACAUUGGAGAACCGAACAAGCAGUUUUAGGGGGUUUUCAGUUGUAGAUGUGCCUUUUGCCACACUAUGUAACAGCUUUCAGGUGAUUUCAGUAGGGAAAUUCAUCUUGACAUGUUGUUCUUUUGAACCUGCGUAUAGAUAGCCAUUACCUUGACACCACAUUUAUUACAUUUUCCUCAUACAACUGUAAUUAGAUAGGCAGGUUAGAGAAUAUAAGAGCCCUUGUUCCUGACCAUCUGAACAAUGUAUUAGGAUAGGUAAGCUUAGAGUAACUUCCAAGGGAAAACUCAUUUCCCCGGUUCUGUUUUUCCCAUUUCCUCAAGUUAAACCACCAAUAAAAUUCACUUAACAGUUGAACAGCUACUUAUCUAACCCACAUUAGCUUAAUGCAAGUUUUUGUCCUCCAGCAACCAGACCAUGUUAAGAGGUUUGUGUCUUCCACUAUACAUUCAAGCCAAUGGAACUUUUCAUUUAUACUGAGCAAGCAGUUAGGGCUCAUGCUUUUAAAUCCAGAAAUCACAGGUUCAAUCCUAAACAGUGACCUGGACCAACAGUGCAGUUACACACUGAUGAAGAAACAAGUUCCAGUACAAAACACAUAUAGUAAUCCAAGUAUUAGUAUAGGUAAGGGCAAGAAAAGCACCUUCUAGCAGAUAGUGAGUACUGUAUAGCAAUAGCAUACGUUGUCAGUUUCCAUUGCAAAGCUCUAUAAUUAGGUAGAACAAGCUCUGAGGCAGGGAACAUUUUUAAUAUAAAAUAAAUCAGUGAUUUUAAAUAUGCUAGGGGAACUAGGAGUAGAAACAAUUUCCACUGUAAAACUAAAUUAUCACCUAGUAAAUGCAAAAUCUACAUUACUCAAAGCAAUUGGUCUAGAAAAUAUUUAUUUGAUAACAGCCACAACACUGAAUUUUCCACAUCUGCAGUAUUUUAUGGCAUUUCAUAAUUUGACAUUAAUGUAGUUAACACUCAUCCCACAGAUGGUCACCGCCUAGAAGUUAAUUCACAAAACCAAGCUCACAACCAAAGACAGUUAAAAGGACAGCAGUUGCAGUGGGCAGCCUCUCUCAAAGGCAACCAGGAUCCCAGCCUGUUACCCAGAAAUCCUAUUGCGGAUCAUUAAAGUGCAAAUAUAGCCAGAACUGUGAUCAGAAGAGAUAAUUCAGCUUCCAUAUGUAAUCUCAGUUGCUGCUUAUCAAAUCUGAUGAGAUUAUGAAUUAAGACCACAAUCCUGCAAACUUUGGUGCACAUACUUAAAGAUAAGCACCUGUGUAAUAUUUGCAGGAUUGUGGUCCAGGAUAUAUAUAUUUUUUAAACAGCCUGCCUGCUUUGCAAUCUCAUCUGUGGAUCCGAGACAAGAUCAAGAUGGCCCCCAGUGGAGAUUCUGAAUCAGAACUUCACUGAUUAGUGCCUAAAGCAGAACAGAGUCCCAUUCACUCUCCCAUAUUGACUCUGCACUGCCAUUGGGGGUCAAAAUGACAGUGUACAGCCCUAGAAAACACAGUUUUUUUUUUUUUUUU